AUGUGGCGAGACCGCACCAAUCUGUCCGGAGCCCACCCGCGCAAGCUCCCAAAUGCGCCCCUAAUUGCUAACAUGUGUAUUGCUGCUGGCUCCGGUGCGUUCUCAGAUGCGUACUCGUCAAGCAACUAUGCCAGCGAGGAUCGGCGUGGCCUGCUCUCGGGCGCUGCAUUCGAAGACGAUGGCGACGCUGUAAUCGAGAUGGACCUGUUGCCUCCUCGAUGGGCCGACAUAUCAGAUGAGAUCACUGAGCUCCUGGCCACCAUUGCGACAAAAGGGCAGCGAUUGGAGAAGCUACACCAAAAACACGUCCUGCCAGCAUUCAAUGACGACGAAGCAAAGAAAACCGAGGAAGCGCAAAUCGAAAAGCUCACCCAAGAAAUCACAAAGGGCUUCCAUGACUGUCACCGAUGUAUCCAGCGUGUGGAGCAGAUGGUCCGCGAGUCCAAGCAAUCAGGGACCCUUAGCCGCGCUGAAGAGACCAUGGCCAAAAAUAUACAAAUAUCCCUAGCCGCAAGGGUGCAGGAUGCCAGCGCAAACUUCCGCAAAAAGCAGAGCGCAUACCUCAAGAAGCUUCGGGGCAUGGCCGGGCUGGGACAACCGACGCCGGACGCUCGAUCAUCCUCACCAGCGCCCGGGGCAUACACCGACCCUUCAGUACAGGAGUCCGAUGCCGACAGAUCUUUCUCGCAGUCCACGCUGCAAGUGGCUCAACAGCGGCUGCUCACAUCAAACGACGCGGCCAUAGCCCAACGAGAACGCGAGAUUGAAGAUAUUGCUCAGGGUAUCAUUGAACUCUCUGACCUGUUUCGCGACCUUCAAAACAUGGUCAUCGAUCAAGGCACUAUGCUCGACCGUAUUGAUUACAAUGUUGAACGUAUGCAUACAGACGUUAAGGGUGCCGAGGUUGAACUCAAGGUUGCGUCUGGCUACCAGCGGAAAACGACAAAACGCAAAAUUAUCCUGCUGCUCAUAAUCCUUAUUGCUGGCCUAUUCAUUGUCCUUCUAGUAAAGCCAAAGAGGAACGGUUGA